AUGCCAAAAAGCAGCCCCCAGUCGCCCAAGGUGGCUGGCAAAGCCCGCCGAGCCGACAUGUCACAAUUCACUGCCGCCGCGAGGAACAAAGGCUUCAAACGCCCCGCCAGUAAGAAGCCCGCCUCAUUGAGCACGCUCAGCACAACCAGAAAACGCAAGCCGUCGCUCUCGUCCGUCUCCACCAUUUCAUCUCUGUCCGGCUUUGCAGAGAGUGACCAGGACGAAGCCGACUCAGAAGCAAGCUCCGAUGAAGACGACAAGUCUGCUCAUCGCACCCCGUCUUAUGGAGGCAAGAGCCACCAUAGGGGCCGUAAGGCGGGGUCAAAAAAGCUUGCUUCAUCUCCCCUCUCCCUCAAGAAAAGAAAGCUCUCCUACGAUGAUGGCUAUGAGGGCCAGCAGAGCAGUGCUGGUGAAUCGGACAGCGACUAUGGCGCCGUUGACGAAAUUUCCGAUGACGACGAAGAUGCGGACGUCGAGAAGCUCGAAGAGCAGAUGAUUCUCGACUCCGAGGACGAGAGACGUAUUGUCAGCAGUGUCUUCUCCCACUCCGAUGCUCCCGAGCCAGAACAAUGGGCCGGUCUCGGAAGCUUCGAUGACCACAUCCUCUUCUCCACCGAACCAUUCCUGGAUGAUCAGCUGUAUAGCGCCAUGGAAACCUUUGGCGAGACUGACCUGACCAGUGAAGCUAUUGAAACCCCCGUCCAGAGACAUGUACAUUUUAUCACUGAAGAAAACCCCGAGUCUUCCAGUGACAGCCCAGAUGGCAGCACCGACGAUGAGAUCCCCGGUGAUUUCCUGCAGCAAGACAGCCUUGACCCAACUCUCCGUCGUAUGAUUGACAACGACAACGACAAUGGAAGUCACCAGCGAUAUGAGGACAUAUUCGGAGAGUCGGAUUUUAAACACCCAGCCAACAUCUACCAUGUCGAGUCAGACGCCGUUUCUGAUGGCUCAAGUGGAUAUGAGACUGAUGAUGGCGAGACAACCGACGAGGAUCUCCCUCCACCAGCUACCAUCACACACCCUCGAUCUAUCCUUCGACGCGACUCGACCGGCUCUAUUACUGCCACUGGCGACUCGGCAAGCCAACCAUCAAACCCACCGCGUCGCCGAGGUCCGAUAAUGGGCUCUUUUGUUCCAGACCCUAAAAAACCUGUAGCACUUGUUGAUUGCACUGGCAAGCAUCUCGUCAUCAUCCCAGCAUACUCUUCAUCUCGCCAUGACUGGCUUGAAUCGGCAACUAAUAGUAUCUGCGGCACUGCUAGCAACAGCCCACGGGCUACCACCAUGCAUCUGAUUGAAGAGAGUGACACAGAAGCCCUUACUUCCCCUAAUGGCCUUGAAUUAAACCCCAUGUUGAACUCUGGAAACCUGAUGAUGACAGCGCUGGGUAACGAUGCCACACCCGGCGGCCAAGUUAUGGGACCACCCGAAGCAUUCUACGCCGCGCAAACUUUUGGCGGUGAAAGCUCGUAUGAAGACGACGAGGACGAGGACGAUGAGGCAAUGCUGAACGUAGACGACUUUAUUGACUUUGGCAAUGGCUCGUCCGACGAGGAAGAAAUCGAAAAGAACUCGGACGAUGAAGUCGUGAUGACCUCGCCUGUGGUGCCAUCAUCAGCUCAGACUCUGCGUACCCCAACACAAAACCGCAACGACUCGAACAGCGCAGAGCAGUUCCUCAACCAUCUGGACAAGGGCAUUGUGACAGCCUUUCGUCGCAAUAACACUCGCUAUCAAACAUUGAUCCGGCUUCCUCAGCAUCGAGAGUUUAUGCCCGCCAACUCUCCCUCUCGUGUUGCCAGCGUGUUCCGACACUCUCGGUAUUCUGACCCGCGCACUCCGCCUCGGAAGCGCAAGGCGAGCAACCUUUCUGGCGGUGAAGCCGUCCGUCGCAAACUGAUCGACGGCCACCGCCGCAACCAGCUUUCUUUCUAA